GAAGGGAAAGGAGCCCCCUAUAAAGCCUCCCACAGUGGAAAGUCUGACUGACAGAGCUGUGGGUCAGCUGUAGAGAGGGAGAUUUACCGCCACGAUGAAUUUCACCGGCAAGUACCAACUGCAGAGCCAGGAAAACUUUGAACCCUUCAUGAAAGCCAUUGGUCUGCCUGACGACCUCAUCCAGAAGGGGAAGGACAUCAAGGGGGUGUCGGAAAUUGUGCAGAAUGGGAAGCACUUCAAGCUCACCAUCACCGCUGGGUCCAAAGUGAUACACAACGAGUUCACCUUGGGAGAGGAGUGUGAGCUGGAAUCCGUGACGGGGGAGAAGGUCAAGGCAGUGGUUCACAUGGAAGGUAACAAUAAGCUGGUGACAACUUUCAAAAACAUCAAGUCUGUGACUGAACUCAAUGGCGACACAAUCACCAAUACCAUGACAUUGGGUGACAUCGUCUUCAAGAGAAUCAGCAAGAGAAUUUAGACAAAUCGGCAUUUCAUACUCUUUUACUGUGUAAAAUUAAUGUAAUAAAGUGAACUUUGUUUUAAAAAAG